AUGAAGCUCUCGCAGCUUCUCGAAGCCAAACGGCGCGAGAGCAUCGACACCAUUGGCGAUCUUACGCCUCCGUCUCGCCAGCCUCCCCAAUCUCCAUUGACCGCAUCCACCCCAGUCUCACCCGCGGUUUCUUUGUUUUCCGCCAAGGGCCAUACGCGUUUCUCCAGCUCCGCGUCGUCACUGGUCUCGUCUCCUGGCCAUGGAAAUUCGAUGGAUAUCACUUGUCGCAACCCCUUGACUGGUGUAAAAGAAGAGGAGCCUUACGGGUCGCAGGCGAGGGAUCUCGAGGAGGAAUAUUUCCAACACUUUGAUCAAGGGUUGUCUGUCCCUGAAGACUCAUACCUAUCCACAGUCAGUACUUGCGACGAGUACAGCUUCACCGAUGCUGGGAUGGAUAUGACGCACUCCCCCAAAAAGAGACGGUCCGAAAAUGCCUCUGCAAACGGUCUUUCCCGCAUUGGCUCGCGGAUAUCCACCAUCUCAAACCGUUGGAAGUCCAAACGAGGAUCCGACGGUACAGAUGGAGAAUCAUUCUCACCGCAAUUGCGGUCUCGGGCCAAUUCUUCUGCGUCUGUAUUCGCUGCCAGCCCAACUACAGCAGUCCCGGUGAGCUGGGUUGAGUCCACCCAAAUUCCUCCUUCGCCCGCAAGGACGAUUUUUGAGGAGCGUCUCAGCGAGUCUGGAGUGCAGCCAAUUGAUAUCACCAAAGCAAACCGGCAAGACCACGACGAGUCUGCUCCGCAAGCAACCACUCCUUUGCUCCCGCCGUUCAUGGGCGACGACCUUGAGUACCCCAUUUCUAUAAUGCAGUCCCCGUUACAAUCGCCUUCUGUUGCCGAUGUCUCAAAUGCCAGUCCAGAUCCAAAUGCACUUAGGGAUCGAUUAGUCAACCUCCCGUCGCCGCCACUGUCCACCAAGCCAUCAAUUGCUUCUUUCAACCGCCCACGAGCUAGCACGAUCCGAACCGUUUCUGGAGAAGUGCCUCCACUGACCCUCUCAGAUCCAAAGGACGAAUGGGCGAUUGAAUUGGGCCAUGCGAAUUUCAAUAUUCAGCCAGAGCCAUACGUCCCUGAAGUGUACGAUAUCGAUUCGUUCCGGCAAUUGCGAAGCCAGUGGGACCUAGCACAAUGCAAUUUUACUAAACACCUGGUUCGGACUGGAGAGCACUACGGCAUUACUUCAAAUAUCUACCAGUUGACGCAGAAAAAGUGGGAUUCGAUUAACCGCGAGUGGAAGCGGCACUACGAAGCAAUGCUCGCCCAGCUCGAGGCGCUGAAUGGGCCGAUUUUGAGCACGAUAGACUCCCACCGCGAUCCAUGCGAACAGGUCAAGAUUCCAACACUGCAUGAUAAGAAGUUUCCCGAAUUGGGUGACGGCGAGAUAGUCGGGCCUAUGAAGAUCGCGCCGGCGACUGGGCGAUGUCGUGAUCGGUCAUUAAAACGGAACUUUUUUAGGUUCUUCCACGACCUGGUUUCUCGAGCCUAG